GAGAAACAGAAGACACAGCGGAACCAUUGUCCGCACUGAAGGCGUUCACACCCGGAACUGUUUUGGUGCAACGCCUGAGCGAAUCCUGCACCGCGCUGUCAAGAUGUCUGUCCUGAGAAGCUCCGUCCUCACAGCGUUCUACUCCGAGCUCCAUCCUCACAGCGUUCCUCUCUAGGUUCCUCUGUAGACACUCCAGAUACACAAUGAGCUUUCUGCGUAACCGUGCGGUGGUGCUGGGCCUGGUGCUGCUCCUCACCGUGCUCCUGUACCUGCUGCUGCCGUCCUCUGUCAGACAGAGCAACACCGAGCCUUCUCUGGCAGUGCAGAGGACGCAGAGGCUCAUCUCAGCUUCUCCGUCACCCAUCAACAUCACCGUCCGCACAGGACAGAUCCCCAGUGACCCGCCGCUCUUCUUCAGAGAGGCACUGCCUGUGGACUCGGCCGGGAGACAGGUCCUACCCAGGCUGCAGGUGGUGCUGCUGCACGGUCAGGCUUUCACUUCCAGGACGUGGGAGGAGCUGGGCACACUCAGUCUGCUCGCCGCUAACCGCUACCAGGCCCUGGCUCUGGACCUGCCUGGUUUUGGAAAGUCUCCAGCGUCUGAGUCGGUGAAGUCAGAGCAGAGUCGCGUGGAUCUGUUGAAGCACUUCCUCGAGGCUCUGGGAGUUCGUGCUCCGGUUCUCAUCAGUCCGUCUAUGAGCGGUCACUAUGCUCUGCCCUUCCUGCAGAGGUUCAACAGUCAGCUGCGAGCCUUCAUCCCCAUCGCACCUGUGGCCACACGGACGCUUACGCAACAGCAGUACCACGACAUCCAGACUCCUACACUGAUUGUGGUUGGAGAGUUGGACACUAAUCUGGGCUCUCAGUCUCUGAAGAACCUGCAGCAUCUUCCUCAUCACUCAGUAGUGAAGCUGCCAGGAGCACGGCACGCCUGCUACAUGGACAAACCACGAGAGUUCCACCAGGCUCUUCUGCACUUCCUCAACACACUCGAAUAACACACUGGGGAGGGGGGCGGCUUAAUAAUUAUAUAUAUAUAUAUAUAUAUAAAAUAUAAAAAUAGAUAGAUAGCAGUAUUACGACAGUUUAACUUUACAGAAAUAAUAUGAAACACAUGCAUCAUCACAGCUACAGUGCCAUCUGUAAGAAAAAACACUGUGGUGUGUGUGUGUGUGUGUGUGUGAGUGAGUUACACUGUGGAAGGGAACAAUUGAGAAGAAGAUAAACAUUUCACCUCAGAGACUUUCAGUCAAUUCGUCGUGAACGCACUGCUCGUUCGUGAUCAGCGGAACCAGAGUCACUCUUAUUCGUUAGGAUUCACUCCGCCUCAUAGGCUACGCCCCCUUUCUCCAACCCCAGGGUCCAGACUCGGUGUGAAAUAUGAAAUGCAGAUGACAUCAUGUAUAUAACCAGUGCUGAAGAACUUCAGACAAUCUGAACCUGCAGCUCAGGGCUUUGUCUCUGACACCUGGUGGCGCUCUUCUCUGUGUGUGCAUGUUAACACUUCUCGUGCUUUCCACUUUAACCCUGUUGCUUGUAGACACUUUACACUAAUGCAGUGUUCUUCCACUCCGUGUGUGUUGCAUUGUGACUUAUUUAUUUCCAUUAUUUUAUUUUAUUUGCGUGUGUGUGUGUGUGUGUACAGUGUACAGUCCAUUACAUGUGGUUUCACCGCUUGUAAAUAGAAAAGAGCUGAACAGUAUUGACACUAAAAGGAAUAAUAAAAGUCUCCUUAUCAGGA